AUAUUUGAACAUUGUGGCUUGUAUUUUUGAUGUGUGGGAUAUACUUGUACAUAUUUUGAAAUCGCAAAAUUGUGCGCAUUGUGAUAAAAACUUUUAAUUAACCAACAUGGCUUCCAACGGCAGUGACGAGGUAAAAUUAGCGUCCUUAGAGUUGUGUGAUCCAUGCUUUUCUAACUGUAAAGAAAUACUUGCAGUUCUGUACUGUCUGGAUUGUGACGAGAAAUUUUGUGAAGUGUGCGGCACUUGUCACAAGAAAUCCAAGUUGAGUAAGAAUCACAAAUUGUCGACGGUUGCAGAAGCGCCUUCUUGCAAUGUCGUCAAAUUGCUGAAAAAACUCACCACGUGCCCCAACCAUCAGUCCGAAGAAGUAGUUUACAUCUGCAUUAAUGAAGACCAACUCUGCUGUAACCAGUGUGCUAAUACGAGCCACAGAAAGUGUCGGCAGUUGGAAACAAUCGAGCAAUACAUGACAACAGAGAUACACAAAGAAACUAUUACACAUCAAAUGCCGAAUGUACCCAAAGCAGCAAGUGCGCUUCAGGUGGGACGUAGAAAAAAGCACCAACUUCAACAAAGUCUUGUGACGACAAAUUUUGCGAAGAAGAUAUUACCAGACGGAACUGUCCUUGAAAAAUUGACUGAAAUGGAACAGCAAUUAGCAGAGAUUUUGACACAAGACGCAAAUGAACGCUCCAUGGUAGCCGACAGCGCUUCAAGCGUUACUGCUUACCUUCAGGCUGUUCAGGCCAAGCUGGAAUCAGCGUUCAACUCCCUCAAGACUGCAGUAAUGUCUCAAUGUGAAAUGCAAACUCGUAUACUUUUGCAAAACAUCGACAUGCGACAGACGACUACUACUAAUCUACAAGACCAAAUAAGUACUGAUCGAGACAACAUCGAUUCAAUAAAACAACAUGGAAAUGAUAAGCAUGAUUUUCUUCUGCGUCGUCAAAUAACUAAGGAAAUACAGGAUAUUGAAAGCCGUAUUCGAGAAUUAAACCAACGCAAGGCAGCGUCAAAAAUUGAAGUUGUGGAGCAAACUCCCGUGGACAAUAUCGUCCGAACUAUCACAGGCGCUCUUCGAGUACAACCAAGCGGCGGCGGCGCAUAUUUUAACAGUCGCGGAGAAUACUACGAACAAGAAAUGAUGAAGAUAAAGAUAUCUAAUGAUUUUCAAUAGAAGCCAUGGUUAAGUACAUGUACGUAAAUAGUUCCCAAGAGGUCUAGCAGCUAAAAUUAUUUGAACUAAUUACAUUUAGACAAUGACUGCACAGCCUAGCAGCCCCUUAGCAAAUAUACUGGAAAACAAGACAAUUUCCCGACAAUGAAGUCGAAAUUUUCGAAUAAAUUCUUUGGCUGGUGUUGAAACGAAACACUUUGUUUAUGAAAAUACAUAACUUCAUGCUUAUAUAUUUACAUUCACCAUUACUUCUACUGUGUGAUAAUAACAACGUGUGUUUUUUUUCUAAAAAUAUAAGUAUGCAUUUGUUUGUUCGGUGACUUAUUAUAGGCGGUGUGAGAUAAUGCUCGCCCUGAAAGCGGGUAACCCACAAUGCUUUGUAAAGACCGUUUCCAACGAGUAAAUCGAGUUUUUAACAUUAUAUUUUUGUUUUGCUUUAUGUAUUUUCUCAACUGUAAUACAUUUUCUGAUGACUUUCCUGGAGUUUCAUUAUAACCCAAAAUU